AUGGGGGACCGCACACAGCGCCAACCGUCUUGGCUGCGAGAUAUCACCAAGAAUGUUCCAUGGCUGCUGCUCACGGUACAAUCAACGGGGUUUGUUUUGCUCGCCCAUUAUUCUCGAGUGAUGCCCCCCGCCGGUGGGAAGCGAUAUCUGACCUCCACCGCCGUUUUUCUGAACGAGAUGGUCAAGCUGGCCAUUUCUCUCACAAUGGCCCUCUAUGACGUCUCCAAGGCCGCGCCCCUCUCGAUGCCCGCCACAUCCCUCUUCUUCUCCCUCACUAGCGCUGUCUUUUCGGGCGACAGUUGGAAACUUGCAAUCCCUGCCAGUCUCGGCGUUUUAUCCAGUUCGCUACAAUACAUCGCACUGUCCAAUAUGCAGGCGGCGAGUUUCCAGGUUACUUCGCAAUUGCAGUUCUUUACGACUGCGAUCUUUGGUCUGAUGGUUCUCCGUCGGAGUAUCGCACCUCAAAAGUGGGGCUUACUCUUGUUGCUUCUCGUGGGCGUUGCCCUUGUUCAGAUUCCGGAUGCCAAUUCAGAUCAAAUGACCCUGCAGGAUGAAAGCGCGUCUUUGCAUUUUCCCAGAUCACUUGAAGAAUGGAAGGCCGCCAAGGGAAUUUCACGUAAUAUGCACAAACGUUCUGCGACAUACGAAGGCAUUGAGGAGGAUAUUCAGACCGCCGACCCACACUUGAACCCGACAUUGGGUCUGCUCGCGAUCAUCGGUGCCGCGCUAGCUUCCGGCCUCGGUGGAAUCUACUUUGAGAAGGUUCUCAAGGACAGCUCAAACCACACUUCGCUGUGGGUGCGCAAUGUUCAACUGACAAUCUACUCUGUGUUCCCAGCACUCUUCAUUGGUGUCGUUUUCCGCGACGGCGAUACCAUCUCCAAUGGUGGCUUUUUCCAAGGCUACAACUGGGCCGUAUGGACCACCAUCGUGGUUCAAGCCCUGGGCGGUAUACUAUCCACAUUUUCCAUCAGCUCUUCCCAGAGAGAUCCCAAGUCGCUGGCCCCCACCAUCAGCACUGUUCUAAGCAUUCUUGCAAGUAUUUACUUAUUUGAUUUCGAGCUCACUGCAAGGUUUUUUGUUGGGUCUGCUGCUAUUUUGGUCGCAACACACUAUUAUGGGAACCCGUGUUAUACCUCCACAGGCAUCCGGCCUCCUCCAAUUCGCAUUGAUGCAUACGAGAAAGAUAGCGGUGCUGACAGUGGAUCACCCGUGUCAAACUCCCCCGACGAAUUUUCGAUUAAACUACCCAGCACUCCGUUCUUGUCGGAUGGUCUCUCGUCCUCCCGUCCUACCUCUCCGAGCCCGAGUCACCACACUCGUGUUAGUUCUAGCCGGAACGUGAGUGGGAGCAGCUACUUCGAUAAGGAGUAG